AUGCUCGACGCGGGCGUCGCCGCACGGCAGAGCGCGAGCCGGAAAAAUAUCCGAAAAGCGCGGCGCCCCUUUGAGAAUUACUUCCGCACGACCUUUCGUUGCUCCCUCCCCACCUCGUCUGUGGUGGGGAGGCGUGGGGUGCUCUCCGCGUACGCCGCGACGCGGCUGAUGAGCGAUCCGCACGCGACGUGGUCGCCGCCAUGGGGGCGGUCGAGCAGCCGCGGUUUCGUUCGCACUCGUCGGAAACGAACCGACGCCCUCGAACGCCCGGCGGAUGUUUUUGGCGAGGACGAACUCGAUGGUGUUCUUUCGCGGCUGUUGAAGUUGCGUUUUUCGUGGGAUCGGGAGGAUGGGAUCCUCGCGACGGCUCUCUUGCCGCGCGGGAUGUUUCGUUUUUGCGAACACGCGUUGCCCUACGCGGCGGUAGGAAAUCCCACGCGGGGGAAAAGAACGCAGGUGGCGUUGGAUGUCGAUUCUGAGUCGGACCCUUCGGAGGAAAUCCUCACGAUCGAUGGGGCGUCGGUGAUUCUACGCAACCCGAUGGGGUCGGGCGCCCCACCCAACCCGGGAUGGCUUCGCCAGAACGAUUGCCAUACGGGGGUAGCUCCUAAAACGAAAUGGAGCCUUACCGGGGUGAACGCGAUCCCGACUUUUGUAGCGGAUAUCGUGCGAGGGCCCUUUCUCUCAAGCCCACACUAUGCCGAGCUAACGUUGCGAUGGAAGGCGGAGAAUCGCCAUGCCGAGAGCGUCUCGGAGGUUCUCCAACUAUAUCAGCGAAUCGGCGCGGCGUCGGUCGUCGGUCUUCCACCGCGCUCCGCUCUUUUAUUGCUCUUUUCGUUAGCCACGGUGGAGAUCGAAACGCCGGCGUUGGAAGUCUCACUCGGGAUCGCGAUGGGUGAGAACUAUCACGGUUAUGAGAAGACCGAAUGCCUCGAGAUCCUGCGUUGUCUGCGGCGCUUGGCUUUCGUGCGCAACCUCCCAACCAUCGCCCCUCUUACCUCUUCGCCGCCGCCAUCCUCCUUCCCGGUGGAUGGGCUUGAUGGAGUUCCCUCCCUGUACGAGGAUGCCUCCCUUACGGAGGGUUUUUUAGGUAGGUUCAUCGCCGAUGUGGCGCCGUUCUUCGCUGUGAAGGUCUGGGCGCGGCUUCCCGAGCACAGUGAGCGGCUGCUCCGACGUCAUCUUUAUCUUGACUGGAUCGAUCUGCUGUAUCUCGCGCUCGGGGUGAACGGGAAUCGACUGCCGAGUAGGCUGCCGAACCCGGUUAGCGCCGCGGCGUACGCCUCGAAGUACCUUUUCCUUCGCUACACGCUGCACAUCGAUGAGAUCGUGAUGGCGAACCUGGUGGCGGGGAUGCGCGGUGGAGCUCCUUCCCAUUCGUGUUUGCCGUCAAACCCGACGCGCAAGGCGGAUGUCGAUUCGGAAAGUGAGAAGGAACCGCAUCCUAACAUAGCCAGAGAGGCCGGUUCCCCUCCUCACGCCAAUGGAAUCGGUCCUGGCGGCAAUCAAGAAGAGGCUCCGUUUAUGGGGCAGGACGAGGAUCCGGAAAGGAACCUAAUCCUAUGGAUGAGUACCUCUUUUUUGGUCCGCCUGAUUAGCGAGGCUCUCGGGGAUGUUCUGAAACACGUGGGGACCUAUCUCCAGCAGUGUGCGCAGCUUCUAAGCCAUGGAGGCCUCGGCGAGCCCGUCAUCCCCGGCGGCGGUGAGGGUUUGUUGCCGUCGAAAACGCCCCUGCAUGGGGGCGGCGUCGAGUCCAUUUCCCCCAUGCCUGCUCCCCAACCUUCAGGCGCCCGACUUCGCAUCCACGACGAUCACCUCGAGGCUUAUUUGGAUCGCCUGAAGUUAUACCGCCCACGGGUUGCGGGCGAGGCGACCCACCUCCUAGGCAGGCGACAUCCCAAAAAGGUUCGGGUGCGUUUGUUGCCGUAUGAAUCCUUCCCCGACCUCGCGCGGGGUCUGCCGCUGCCAUUUCAAAAAGUGAUGCGGCAGGCCGGGCUCGCCGGGCGAUCGACCCCCCCUCCUCCUCCUUCUCCCCCUUCCCCCUCCCUUUCUCAAGGGGUUCCCAUCCCCAAUGGGAGGAAGGACGCCCGGAAGACGCCCUCGACCGUGGCUUCGCAUAUCGCGCAGUCGGGCUUGGCCUCAAGCCAGGUAGGGCGGGCCGCGGAUGCGCUUGGGUGGGCGACGAUGGUGCUGCAUCACUGCCUUGGCAUGGUGCAGGGCCUGCCCCCGUUAGAUCUUCGCCCGCCCACGUCGGAUGCGAUCGUGGAGCGGCGGCGGGCGUACUGUAGGCGGUUUGCCCAGAGUAAGAUUCAGCUCCUGAUGGAUGAGCUGUUCUUUUAUAUUCCGUGGGAGGAAAUAGAAACACACAUAGAGCCGCUGCUGGCGUCCGAGCAGGAAGGUCGCACUGCGGAUCCCAACAUAGAUCAAGAACCAUCUUUUCUAACUGCAUUUUCUGACGAGUGCGGCGAGGAUGAUUCUCAGAAGGACUCCCCAAACGAGACUGAUGAGCAACGGGGUCAAAUUUUGUUGCGUAAUUUGCAAAUGCGUGUGGACGAGUUUCAGCUCUCAGUUGCGGACCUUCUCGAGGCCUAUGAAGGGUUCUUUGGCCAAGAGGAAGGAAAUGCCGAGGAUACUAACGAUGGUAUUAACAUGCAGUCUGAGGGAGAAGGUCUGGUUCAUCUCGACACGCAAAUGAACCCGUAG